AUGUCAGAUAAGGUGCGUGCCCUUUCGCCUUCUCGCUGUUUCACGUUUCAUGGCAAACCAGUGACGCCCUUCUCCUAGCAGUUCUACUGCAUGGUCAUGAGGAUGAGCAUCGACUGCAACGGCUGCUACAGGAAGAUCAGGCGAAUCCUCCUCAAGAUCCACGGUGAGCAGUUCGACCCCAAGAUCUGGUUCUCUCCAAGAACCUGGGAUCUGAUUCUAACUCUGAGGAGACGCGAGGGGAGAAGAGCUGGACAGCCAUCUGAUCGAGAAGGAGGAGGGCCGGGUGAGCGUCUGCGGGGAGUUCGUCCCGCAGGACCUGGCGAUCAAGGUGAGGAAGGCGGUCAACCGCCGCGUGGAGAUCCUCGACGUCAAGGAGGUUGACCACCGCGCCGGCGGCGGCGGGGAUGGCGGCGAUAACGGCGGCAGCGGCGGCGAACUGAAGAGGAGAUCAUCGAAGAAGAAGAAGAAGGUCCGGUUCGCCCUCUGA